GGGUUUUAUAAUAUUUUACAGAUUCGUUUCUUUUUUUUUUUGUCUUUUUUGUUUUUAUCGGUACCGGGGAUCGAACUCAUGACUGCCUGCUUUCAAGGCAGGCGCUUAUGCCGCUGAGCUAAAUCCCCAGCCCCUACAGAUUCGUUUCUAACUUUAGUGUCAUUAAAGUGAUAAAAUAGGGGCUGGGGAUUUAGCUCAGUGGCAUAAGCGUCUGCCUUGCAAAUGUGCAGUCGUGAAUUUGAUCCUGGGUACCACAAAAAAAAAAGUGAUAAAAUAGAGCUACUGUCCAGUGACUUCUACCACUUGCUUCUGUAGCUUGUCAGGCCCCCAGCAGCCAGAAUGUUGCAGCAGAUUGAAAGCAAAGAGAGAUGUCAGCAAGCCUGGAAUAGUGCAGGAGAUAAACUUGUAGUAGUUGAUUUCUCAGCCACGUGGUGUGGGCCUUGCAAGAUGAUCAAGCCUUUCUUUCAUUCCCUGUCUGAAAAGUACUCCAGUGUGUUGUUCUAUGAAGUAAAUGUGAAUGACUAUCAGGCUGUUGCUGCAGACUGUGAAGUCAAAUGCAUGGCAACCUUCCAUUUUAUUAAAAGGAAUAAAAAGGUGGGUGAGUUUUCUUGCAUUAAUAAGGAAAAGCUUGAACCAUCAUUAAUGAAUUAGUCUAAUUGUAUUUUCUGCAGAAUAUAACUAGUAUGAAGUAUGGAAACUAGUACCCAACUGCCAUCUGAUUAUGAAUGACAAUAAAAUUUUUUUAAAUGAUAAAAUAA